AUGGCGCGCCGCCUCGGUCGCGACGAGUACACCGUGGGCUGGGUCUGCGCGUUGCCGGACGAGUUCACUGCAGCACAGGAGAUGCUUGACAAAGAGCACCAAGACCUCCCUUCGAACGGCAGCGAUGCAAAUAUAUACACGUUAGGGUGCAUUGGGGAUCACCAUGUCGUCCUUGCGUGCCUGCCUGCGGGCCAGACCGGCACUAACUCCGCCGCGGCAGUCGCCAUGCAGAUGAAGGCCUCUUUCCCGGCUAUUCGAUUUGGACUGAUGGUGGGAAUCGGAGGCGGCGUUCCAAGUAAAGGAGCAGACGUUCGGCUCGGGGAUAUUGUUGUGAGCCAGCCGGGAAAAGGUCAUGGCGGGGUGGUCCAGUAUGACUUUGGCAAGUCAACGCCAAGCGGGUUCGAGCAAACUGGCUUCCUCAACACUCCACCCCAAGUCCUCCUUGCCGCCAUCACAAAGCUUCGAUCCAACCAAGAUCGAGGGAGAGGGAGUCUGUCGCCACACCUGUCAAAGCUUAGUCGCCUUCGCAAGUUUGCCCGUGAUGGAGCAGGAAGCGAUGUGCUGUUUAAAGCGGAAUGCAAUCAUGUUGGAGGAGACAGCUGUGUAUCAUGCGUGGCCACAGGAAAGAUACAGAGGGAACAGCGGACGAACAACACCCCCAUGGUUCACUAUGGCACGAUCGCCUCGGGAAACCAGGUAAUAAGGGACGGUGUGGUGCGGGACAGGAUCAGCUCAGAGUUUGGAGGGGUCCUCUGCUUCGAGAUGGAAGCAGCCGGCUUAAUGAACAACUUCCCAUGUCUGGUAAUCCGCGGGAUCUGCGACUACGCCGACUCGCAUAAGAGUAAGACAUGGCAGCCGUACGCGGCCGGGGCCGCCGCAGCGUACGCAAAGGAGCUACUGUUGGUGAUUCCCGCAGUUGAUGUGGCCAAGACGAAGACGGCCGAUGAAGCAACGGGAGGGCGGAGCCAGAAACCUAGUUUCUACCUCCCCUUCCCACAAAACCGCCGGUUUAUCGGUCGGAACGCAGAGCUUGAUCAGCUAAAACAAAAGCUACUUGUAAAUAAAGAUUGUCAAAAGGUGGCGCUUGUCGGUCUUGGUGGCAUCGGCAAGACGCAGAUUGCUCUAAGGUUGGUGUUCUCUGUUAAAGAAGACUGCCCAGAGUGUUCUGUCUUCUGGAUGCCAGCGCUGAGUAUGGAAACGUUUAAGCAAGCAUGCGCGGAAAUAGCAAGAGCAUUAGGGAUACAUCAGUCGCAGGAGAGUGAGGAAGACAUUAGAAAGCUAGUACAGCAACGGCUAAGCGCAAAGACUGCAGGCAAGUGGUUGCUGGUUGUUGACAAUGCUGAUGACCUGGACCUCCUCCGCGGAGGUAGGCAAGAGCAAGGCCUAUUAGACUUUCUGCCAGAAAGCGAUGAUGGGCUGACCAUAUUUACGACUCGGCAUUAUGAAGUUGCGCAAUUUGUAGCCGGCGGCGAUGUGGUUGAGGUAGAAAAGAUGGAGACACAAGAGGCGAUAAAUUUGUUAAACAAGUUAUUAAUCAGAAACAGCCUACCAAACGAUACGCUUAUGAUAGAUCUUCUUACUCAGCUGGAUUAUCUCCCAUUAGCCAUCACUCAGGCGGCUGCAUACAUCAACACGAACAAAAGUUCUAUCUUUGAAUACCUCCGGCUGUUAAAGAACACAGAGCAGGACGCUAUCGCUACCUUAAGCAGAGAAUUCCACGACAACACACGAUACAAACACUCAGCGAACGCGAUUGCGAAGACGUGGACAGUAACCUUCAACCAGAUUCUGAAGCAUGAUACGUUGGCGGCAGACCUUCUUGCCUUCAUUUCUUUCAUUGAAUGGAAGGCGAUUCCAUCUUCGAUCUUGCCCGCAAUUCGGCCGGAAGCACAGAUAGCAAGUGCUAUUGGCACGCUUUGUUCUUACUCGUUUCUGGAGAGAAGAGAAGACGGCAAAAUAUUUGACAUGCACAGACUGGUACACUUGUCAACCAGAACGUGGAUCAGUCAGAACGGCCGUGGAGAAGAAACGAGGAAGGCGGCAUUAAAACACCUCUUAAAAGUCUUUCCAUCUAACAAUUACACAAAUCGUGAGAUCUGGCGGGAAUACAUGCCGCAUGUAGCACGUAUAAAGAGAGAUGAGCAAAUUCAACAUGAAGAGGAGAAGAGCGAACUCUGUCUAAAGGAUAAAGGAAGCUGUUAUAUGGCUACAAGAGUCUUCUAA